AUGUCCACUGUCGUUGGGCCAGAGAACCCGGUUACAGUUACAGGAUGUACUCAACCCCUGACCUUGUGGACAUGCUCGCUACCCAAGGAACAGCAAGCUGCAAACGAGCCUUACAAGGCCAACCAGCCGAAAUUCAUCAUGCAGAUUCAAUAUGACAACAGCACGAAGCAGUUGUGGAAUGUCAAGGACGCUGUGCCACCGCAUCCCACAAGCAACGGGCAAGAAACUCUCGAGACUGGGGCCGAGAGGGCCAACGAGACAGCCAAUGCAAAUAAAGGCAAUGGCACAGACGGUUCUCUGGCUGCUCGAGACGUUCAAACUUUCGAUGAAGGAUUUGCACCCAACCCGCUGCCACCUUCCUUCCAAGAGAUGUGGUUCCUCGGAAACACGACCGAUGGUAUCGUCUCUGACCGCAAGGCUGGCGAGCCAACUCCAUUCUUCAUCAGCUUCUUUGAUUCUCUGAACCAGACAGCUGGCCCAAACAUGCUGCCUGAGGCUCUGGCUCGUCGUGGUAGUGAGAAUACCCUCAAUGCUCGCGACGUGAAUUUGACAGGUUCCCUGCCACCACCAGACCUCAACCCUGAUGGAACAGGCGCUGCCGCAAAGCUCCUUGCCUACCCCUUCCAACAACCUCUGCGAUUGUUCGACCGAGGACUGCCGACGGAGCACUACGGCUUCUACAGUUACUACAACAAGACGCUCUACGUCAAGUCUGUGACGCCGCUGAACGAAAAUACCGCCGAUCAGGGCAAUGUCCCGGCAGACAAGGACGGCGGAUGUCUUGAGACGGAGGCCAACUUCUUGAUCACCUGGACGCAGACGCGAUUCCAUGUCCAGAUCUGGACGCGCAUGGGCAACGGCACAAACCUACUACAGGGCGCGCCGGACAACAGCACGCGGCCGGGCACGAUGCCGUAUGCCGUGACCGUCAGCGUCGAUACACAUGGUGGCGAUUACAGCAAGAAGGCGUCGUUCUACUACGGCGUGGACGACCGUCAGCACAUCAACCGGACGAACACAAAGUUGAUUUCCAACGAUGUCGGUUUCGAUUCACCACGGAUCAAUCCUGGUUUCUCGGCAGACUUGAGCUUGGGCGGUAUUGAUGGAGGAACUGGAGGUUGUCGGUGUAGCUGGGUUAACUUCCUGAAUGAGAAUGGAAAGACUCUGGGAAUCAGCUAA